AGAAAUCUUCCACCUUAAGCAACCUUCAGCGACCCUUGCAUCGGGCGUGCCGCCGAUUUGAGGCGCGAUGUCUCUGUCUAUGUGCACCGAUUGCCUAUCAAGGCUUCAUAUCUCCAAUAAUGCCUUUAGCAGAUUAUCUGCCAAACCAAUACAGCUUCCACAAACCUCUUCCUUCCACUCUUCCGCGAUUCGGAACGCCAAACCCCUCAUGAAGCCCAAGUCAGAGAUCCAGAAGCGUGUUCUAAAUUCAGUCCGUAGCUCUCAAUCUACGAGGCUGAAGAAGAAACCCAGAGAACGUCCUAAGCUGCCACCAGUGGGAGAACGCAGAGCUCAACGCCGCCGCAUUGUGUUGAGUAAUACGAACGCUCUGGCGGUUGAUGGCAUGGAAAAUUGGAGCACGGAGAACAUGACGGAUCCUCAAUUGAUUGGGCAAGUGGCGGGUUUGGAUGGUGCCCUGCUUGAUCAGCUCAGAGAUGCCAAAGCUUUCAAGCGGACGCAGAACUGGAGCUUGUUCCGAAGACCAGCAACUCUGAUCCGAAACGAAACAAUUGCCAUUGGAAAUGACGUGGAGUCAGUGAACGACCGGACAACGAUCAAACAUCUGGUCGUUGGAGAAAGACAUACAGGAAAGAGCAUUCUCAUGCUUCAGACCAUGUGCAUGGCGUAUAUGAACAACUGGCUUGUCCUCAAUGUUCCAGAAGCACAAGAAUUUGUGAACAAUACAUCCUCUUAUGCUCCUCUGCGACAACAGGACGGCAAACCAUCAGAGGGCGAGCAACUCUAUAUCCAGCCACAUCUGACCCAAGCCCUCCUCACACGCGCGCUAUACUCUAACGAGUCCGUCCUCAAGAGUCUCAAGAUCAACCACGAAAUGCCCAAGUCUCUGCCACUGAAAGCACAAGCAAGUCUGAAAGAUCUCCUCCAGCUGGCCGCAGAUGAUCAUACAUUAGCAUGGCUUGUAUGGAAAGCUUUCUGGCGCGAGCUGAGCGAACCCGGCGCGAACCCUCGACCACGAGUUCUCUUUGCUGCCGAUAGCAUCGAUCACUGGAUGGGCCCUUCUAGAUAUCACAACGCCGAACAUAAGAUCAUUCACUCCCAACAGUUCACCCUUGUCCGACACUUUACCAAUCUGAUGUUUGCCAAGCAAGGGUCACCGUUUGCAAAUGGCGGCAUCAUCAUGUUCUGCACUACCGGCUCAAAUACACCAGCCUAUCCCACGCUAAAGCUCCUCAUCGACCAGAUUCGUGCUAGAACUCGAGGAAUUUCGCCGACGUCCGCUGAUUUUCCGCUUCCCGCACCUUUCAGCAAACCUGACCCGCACGUUUUGGAGCUCACCUCUGGGUCGGAAAAUGUCAAGUUGUUGGACUUGAACGGCCUGAGUGUGCCAGAAUCAAGGGGAUACCUCGAGUACUUCGCGAACAGCGGCUUGUUGCCGACCCAGCUCAAUGAGGGGAAGAUUGCCGAGCUCAGAAGUCUCAGCGCUGGAGGCAUUGUGGGUGAGUUGGCGAAGUUGGGCAGUAGGAUCAGGUGCUGAAUCCGUGGGAACGUUGUCCGGGGAUUAUUUGCGACAGCUUAAAAAGCCGGCCGAAUCUAAAAAUUGCGUGGGUUUGAUCACACAGCUGUCUGACAACCAGCUGCUCGGUUGCCUUACUGUAGCGGAGUACCUCCAGCGUUCACUCGUCAACUACUACCUUAGUACUAUACCUCUUCCUGGAGUAAGUCUGAAAGAAUGGGCACGAUUGAUUCGAUCAUGUACAAACAAGACAAGUUGCAUGUUAGCAUGGACACAUGGAACCUUGACCCUUGUAUGAGCGUCAAGCCAUGCAUGAACCCGCGCGUACCUGCAUAUCUGCGUCAUGUCAUGUAGCAUAGAACGGAACAGGGCAGUGGCUAGUGACAUAGUUCGACAAUGUGAUUGAGAACAUGCUAUCUAAGAGCCUGCCAUUCCCCAGCGGUUGCUAGGUUCAAGAAAGAUGCUCAUUGAAUAC